AUGUCCUCUUCCUCUUCCUCCACCUCCUCCUCCUGCGACGGGAGCGGGAACCCUAUCCCCGCCGCGGCGGCGGGGGCCGUCUCGGCGGCGGCGGCUGUGGCGGGCCCCGCGGCGCAGUGGCCGAGGCGGCAGUGCCGGGACGUGUUCUGGCUGGUGGUCUUCCUCCUCCACCUGCUCGUCUUCGGCGCCGCGCUCGCGCUCUUCGGCCUCAACCGCUUCCGCCAGGCCGACCGCUUCAACAUCGGCCGCUACGCCAACCUCACCGCGGAGCCCUGGGGCACCGCCACCCCCGCCGGCUCGCCGGAGCCCGCGCCCGCCGCGCCGCCGCCGCCCUCCGUCUACCGCUCCGAGGACCCCUCCGUGCCGGCGUCCGAGCUCACCGAGACGUACUGGAAGUACUACGGCGCCGCGGGCGCCGUCGGGGCCGCGCUCUCGUGGGCGUGGCUGGCGGCGGCGGCCUGGAGGAAGGACGGCGGCAAGGUGGUCAUGCGGACCGCCGUGCACUGCCUCACGGCCUACCUCGCCGUCGUCAGCGUUCUGUGCUUCUGGGGGAAGCACUUCUUCUGGGGCGUCGCCCUGGCCGUCGGCGCCGGCCUGCACUUCCUCUGCGUCAUGUCUGUGCUCGAUAGGUUUCCCUUCACAAUGCUAGUACUACAGAAGGCAGUGAGAAUGGUACGGGAACUUCCUGAUGUGAUGCGAAUUGCUUAUGCAUUUGUGGUAGUCAUGCUUUGUUGGAUGGCAUUAUGGUCCUUUGGAGUUUCUGGUAUUGUUGCAUUUGGCAUUCCAAAUGGUGGGCAAUGGUGGCUUCUUUUGAUUUUUUCAGUCAGUUUAUUUUGGACUGGAGCUGUCCUUAGCAAUACAGUUCAUGUCAUUGUCUCAGGGAUGGUUUUCCUCGUUCUCAUUCAUGGUGGUCCAGCUGCUUCAACAAUGCCCCCAAAGCCUCUUCUGAAAUCUCUUCAGUAUGCUGUGACAACUUCGUUUGGAAGCAUUUGCUAUGGCUCACUUUUUACCGCUGCUAUUAGGACUUUACGAUGGGAGAUUCGUGGAAUUCGUUCUAAAAUUGGCAGUAAUGAGUGUUUGCUAUGUUGUAUUGAUUUUUUGUUUCAUAUUGUGGAGACGCUUGUUCGCUUCUUCAACAAAUAUGCAUAUGUACAGAUAGCAGUUAAUGGACAGAGUUUCAAUCGCUCAGCUAGGGAUGCUUGGGAGCUGUUUCAAUCCACCGGCAUCGAAUCACUUGUUGCUUAUGACUGUUCGGGUGCUAUCCUUCUGAUGAGCACCAUUUUAGGUGGAUUAAUUACUGGAACCUGCAUGGGCGUUUGGACAUAUUUCAAACAAAGUGAUAAAGCUGUUAUGGUUGGUUCAACCUCCAUGCUGAUGGGUAUGAUACUGGUUGGACUAACUGUUGUGGUUGUGGAAAGUGCUGUUACAUCAAUAUACAUAUGCUAUGCUGAGGAUCCCCUUUUGAUUCAGAGAUGGGAUCCUGAAUUUUUCGAACAAAUAUCAGAAGCACUACACCAGCGACUGCAGUACCGAAGUGCGCGAGCCCGUCAAAUACUGAAUGGGCGGCUUGAUCAUUUGCCACAUUCGUCCAUUAUUUGA